AUUUUUCAGUCUCGGACUUGUGGUGUAUGUGUGUGUUUCGGCAGGACGAGUAAGAAACACAGGGAAGUAUUCACCUCCCGAAGGCGCUCUCUGUGGAAUAUUCAUGCUAAAGGUGCUCUUCGUACCUCCGUCAGUCGUGAGAUGUUCGCGCACCGGUGUCGUGAAACUAUUUCUUGUCUGAAGACGUGUUUCGAGCCGCCAUUUCUUUGCUGUGCUGCUUCUGAAGUCCGCUGCGAGUCAAGACAGGGGGUUCCAAGAGGCAUCUCAAUGACGUCUUGAGACCGCACCGCGCGUUAGAAAGCGCCCACACCGGCCUCGGAGUUGAGACAUGAGGAUUCGUCCGAUGGAAAACUGAGGCCACCUUGAUGUCGUAACUGGCUACUGGAGAGCAGCGUCCGAACAGACGGCGGUUUCUUUUCUCCGAGCGACGAACGAAAAAGGGGAACCGUCAUUGAUCAGUUGUAGUCGCUCGGCCUAAAUUGAUGUCUGUCUGACGUCACUUUUCUGUUUUUUUUAACACUGAUUUGCUGACUACUUCCUAUCACUGGACGCGCAUUAUGCAUCAAAGUGGCAUCCAGACGCACGUAGCCUCUUCCUGAACACGUGAGGUUGCUUUGACUUUUAUUUUUGAACCGAACGGACAUCCUCAUGCCUGCAGCGUUUUUCCUUUUUGCAGAAGUCAAGCCUCAUGCCCUGCCCCGUAUCUCUGCAGUGAUUGGUCGUGCUGCAUCCACGUCAUAACUUCAAGACUCCACUAUUUCCCACUCUACUAAUUUAUUUUUGAAUAGAGAUGUCAACAGCUCGCUUUGAUUCGGCCGACCGAUCUGCGUGGUAUUUUGGCCCCGUGUCCCGACAAGAGGCACAGAAUAGGCUACAAGGACAGAGACAUGGUAUGUUUUUAGUGCGGGACUCAUCCACAUGUCCCGGGGACUACGUCCUGUCGGUGUCCGAGAACUCCAAAGUGUCCCAUUAUAUAAUCAACUCUUUGCCAAGCAAAAGGUUUAAGAUUGGUGACCAAGAGUUUGAGAACCUCAAUGCUCUGCUGGAGUUCUACAAAAUCCACUACCUGGACACCACCACGCUGAUAGAGCCAGCUCCCAGGUACCCAAGCACAGUGACUGGUCCCAUUCAGCCCAUGGUGGGCUCAGAUGACAACCUGGAGUAUGUUCGGACUCUUUAUGACUUUACUGGCAGUGAUGCUGAGGAUCUACCCUUUAAGAAAGGUGAGAUUCUCAUCAUCUUGGAGAAGCCAGAGGAGCAGUGGUGGAGUGCCAAGAGUAAAGAAGGCCGUGUUGGCAUGAUACCUGUACCCUACGUGGAGAAACUUGUUCGGCCGUCACCCCACACUGGCCAGCCUACCCAUGGAUCUCGGAACUCCAAUAGCUAUGGUAUCCCAGAACCUUCACAUGCUGUCGUCCAUGCCUACGCUCAGCCGCAGACACCCUCACCGUUGCCCCCUGGAACACCUGGCGCCGUGAUAACCCCUCUGCCAUCCAUGCAGAAUGGCCCCGUCAUGGCAAAGGCGAUUCAGAAACGAGUGCCUUGUGCUUAUGACAAGACAGCUCUUGCUCUGGAGGUUGGUGACAUAGUCAAGGUCACGAGGAUGAACAUCAGUGGCCAGUGGGAAGGCGAGGUAAACGGACGGCGGGGACUCUUCCCUUUCACCCACGUCAAAAUCAUAGACCCCCAGAACCCAGAUGAAAGUGACUGAUGUUGUAGCCCAGCUGGACCUCCAUGUGCCGGUUUUCACCUUAAUCCCCUGGCUGUCAUCCACAUCGCUAUGGUAACUUGCUUUGUCAGCUCGGGCCAUGCCAACAACACCCACCUCUGUUGUGGCCGCGGCUUCGGACAGUGCUGGAUUUCUGAUCCAAACUAAUCAUGACUGCCGCAUACCCUGCUACUUUCCUCUUUUUUGGUUUUUACAUUUCUUUGUGACUGGGCAUCAGUUUGAGCGUGUCUUCGGAUUACCAUCACAACCUGUUGUGUUUUUAAUAUGAGAUAUUUGAACAUGUGUUCCCUUUGAAAUCUCUGGAGUUUGUUGUGUCCGAGUGUGUUUUUGUGUGGAUGUUGCCAACGUGGGAAAACUGUCGAGCACUGAGACAAAGAGGAACUGACCUACUGGUCAAGCAUCACUCUAGGGUUACAUGUGUACAGAGACUGUUAGCUACUGGUUAAACAUGGACAAGUUCUGUAAUUCUGUGUGAGUGUGAAAUGGUGGGAUGCGAAGAGUCAGAGGUUACACCAUUAAAGUUCGUGCCAUUCUAAUGCGGGGCAGCCAUUUUAUUUUUGCCAUAUGAUCAACAUUUUGCUGAGGAAAUUGUGCCAUGUAUGAGAUUCGUGUCCUCUCACUGGUUUUGUUUGAAAUAAAAGUGGUUUAUUGGACUAAUGUGAUCCUCAGUAUUUAAGGGCAUGAAGUUGCUUCAUAAAAUGGGUAGUAAACAAAACAUCAAGUGGUUCAGCGACUGUGAGGAUCCUCCAUGACAUGGAAGUGUGGGGUUCAUGAAUUGGUGAUAAAAUUUCAGAAGCAGUUCGGGAUGUAGGUGCUUGGCGUCUUUCAAUGCCAACAAUGUUUUUCAAAAGCUUCUCAACCACAAAGCCGGCACAGAUGCCUCCUAAUCUUUAGUCACUCAAGUGGUUUAGUUUUCGCUUCAAUUACUUUUUCUGUUUUGUUCUUCUUUUCUGAAUGGAAUAGCUGGUGUACUAAAAACAUCUUCACAUUUGGAAUCUGUCUCGCCAGAUAUUCUUGUUAGACAUUUGUGACCAAAUGUCCGACAUGAAAUUCAGAGAAUUUCAGUUAAGUUGUGGCACUGAUGGUGUACUAUGUGAGGGGGAAACGAAGCGUCGGUGGCUGUUUGUGUGCGUGUUUGGUUGUGUGUUUGUGUGUGGAAGCGGAAAUAUCCCAGAAUGCCAAUGAGAUCCAGCUGUUGCCUUGACUCGAAGAGAGAACGAUAAUUGCGUCUCUAACUUUUUGUCAAAAAUAUCAGUGACGGGCUUCAACCUCUUUGGAACCUUUUAUGCAAGCGGACUUGCCCUUGGACUCUGCUGUAAACCGCCUGUCUCAUUGUAUGUUUUUUUUUUGUCAAUGUUUUUUUUUUUCUUUCCCAAACUGUCAAAUCACAUUUUGUAAAGACGAGUGAUAGCAAAAAGGGAAAAAUGCCUGCUGGUUGUCUCGGUGCAUGACCUCCCAGGCCCGAGAAGGGGCUCCGACGGGGCCCGAUGCUGCUUAUCUGACUAAUCUCCUUGAAUUGAAAGAAGUUCUUGUCAUGUCCCUGCCAUCUGCUUGAUGAACCCCAACUGUUGUCCUGCUCUGACAUACUGAAAUCUAUUCAUGAAGCAAUAGGCUCCGAUCUUUACUCCUGCUUCAGUGGCUUUACUCAUGGCAUCGACAGUAUUACUGUGUUCUCUUCACACACACUCACACACACACACACACACGUAGAAAAGCCUGACCUGUCUUUGACUUACGAGUUCAGAAUUGUGCCUUUUUAAUUUCAUGCCAUCGACACGUGUUAAAAGGUCCCAUGGUUAACACUUGUGCUGGUAUUGACCCUUUAUGUACAAAACAAGUCAAUAAAAUUUACAUCUACUACCUUGCUUCUGUGUGUGUGUCGGAGCAGAUCUA